AUGUAAGACUUUGAAAAGAAUGAAUCUUUAAAGAGUAAUGAAGAAACUCCUAUCUUCAGAAUAGAAAUUUCUAACAUAACUAAUUAAACCAAAUGCAAUUGCAAUCAAAGAAUAAAUGAAAUCAAUAAUCAAGAUAGACUCGCACAAAUAUAAAUAGAAAAAGUUGGCUUAGAUGGGAAAUCUUAUAUCCAUAUAAGCCAAAAAGAUUUAAUAGAUCAUGAAUUAUCAUUCGAUAUCACUAAAUGCUAAGAAACAGAAGAAUUAAAAUAAUACUUCUAAGUAGAAGUAUUCCUCAAAGAUAUGGAUGGAAAUGCUACGAUAAAAGGUGAUUCUAAAGUUCAGAUUGAAGAUAUAAUACAAUAAAAAUAUUCAAGGUCUACAUUAAAUGAAAAUAAAAAGCAAGCAAAUUUGAUAGAAUAAUCAACUAAUACAGAAGACUAUGAGAGCCAUCUUAAUUAGAAUGAUCAAGUAACCUUCAGAUUGAAUUAUAACAAAGCUAUUCAUAUAGCUAAUUUAGUUUUAAGUUCGUCUUGCCAGUAGGAGCAAAUGCAAUUACCUAGUAUCUAAAAUUUGAGAGAAGAUAUGAAAGUAAUCAAAAAGGCUGCGGCUGAUCUUUUACUCAUUAAGUAUUUUCAAGAAUAGAAAAGAUUAUUUGAUGAGAUGAUGAGUGAUAAUGAUAUCUAAAUACCAACUUACGACUUGCUUGAUAAUAGCUUUGUAAUAUCACUUUAAUAUAAUGAAUUCAUAUAGGAUUUAGAGUAUGUCAAGUAAACUUUAUCAGAAGAUCUCAAAAUUUAGGCAAUUUAUGAUAAAAGAAAACUAAGCAGCAAUAAAAUUAAAAAGGUAAAAUUUUACAAUGAUCCUCAGAAAUAUGACCUAGUGACUCUAUAAACCUAGGUUACAAAAUAAAAACUAAAAAUAAAAGCUUUAAAAGCAAUGAAUGCUUAAUUAAGUAAGCUUGUGAAAGCAAGACAUAACGAAUAUAACUAGAAUUUAUGA